AUGUGCAAGCAUAUCCUCAACGCGCAAGUUUCCAUCCGGUCGCCAUGCUGCCGAAAAUGGUUCGACUGCGCCGACUGUCAUCGUGAGCAAGAAAAGCACCCCCUGCUUCAGAGCCUCGAAAUGGUGUUCGCCUGCAAAAAGUGCAAGAAAUGCUUCCGCAAAGAUGCCCAGGUAUUCGAAGAGAGCGACGAGUACUGUCCGCACUGCGAUAACCACUUCGUCAUUGAUGCCAAGACGCCGCAAGCUGCUCUGUCCAUAGAGAGCGAGGACGUAAGAGUAAACAACAAAAUGCUCAAAGAUGAGCGUGUGCGGCAGCAGGGGUACCGGACCAUGUUCGACCCAGACGAGGACGCAGACAAAUUAGGUUGA